AUGAUGGUAUCCAAGAAUGAGGUUGCUGCUAUGGUUCAGACUGAGCUGUACAAGUUAUUAGCCUCGGAAAUGGUGUAUCGAUCAAGGCAGCCUGUCCAGCAAGCUGUUAGACCCGAGGUCGUCGCGAAGGAGCGACGCCUUGCCCAGCGGACAAUCUCAAUGACAACAGAAGAGCUUCUGUGGACGCUCGGCGUGGACCUCGGCUACUUGAGCGGCGAAACAGAGCAUAUCUUCAGACAGAGCAACUCUUUACGACAAAAGGGCCUCGGUAAGGCGCGAUCGCUGCUCUCGACUGCGCAGUUCAAGCACUGGCUUAGACUUAUACGCAGCCUGAUCACUCAACUACUCCUUUAUCCUGACUCACCGGACGUCGAGCUAGAUCCAUUGGAGCAGAGCCUCUACGACGCAGUUUCGCAAUACAACGUGCGAGCUUUGGUAUCUUUGUUCGGGUCGAUCGUGGGGAACAUGGAUAAGUCAAAGACCAUCAUUUGCAUCAUAGACGGCAUAUCCGAUUUCGAAACACCGCUUCGUGGUUGGGACCGAGAAAUCCUCGAUGUCGUCGAUCAGCUUCAAAACCUGGUGCACUGUCAGCGAUCUGGUCCAGCACUGAAGCUGCUCAUGACUAGUGCAAACAAAGCGCUGCACAUUGGAUCGCUAGUGCGUCGCGAACAUGGGGAAUACGUGUCCUUACGGUCAGGCAAUGUCAGCGAUAGGCCUGUGCGUGGGUUCGGAUUCAACCAGGACGUCCAGAGAAUGCUGAUGCCAUCGUCGCAGCAGAGUAGCUUUCUAGAGCCUGGAGGCUGGGAUGCGCAAGCAAACGCGUCGCAGCGAGGAUACGCGCAUGUAGGGCGACCACGCUCUUCAGGAAGCAACGUUCCGGGUGGCUGA